UGCUGAGCUCUCUUCCUGCGCAUUUCUCAGCCGCAGCCUCAGCGGGCAAGCGCCGGGGCUGCUCUCAGUCUCCUGGUUGCGGGGAGGCAGCCCCGGCGAGCUGCCGUGCGCCCCGUCCAGGGGAACUGGGUGCCGGGUACAGCGUAACUGACAGCGCGUCUGCUCACAAUUCCUGCGGCCCGGACUUCGCUUUCCAGCCCCGGCUUCUCGUGGGCAUCAUGUCAAGAGCCGUCGCCGCUGCAACCGCCGCCGCCACCCGGGAAAGAGCCGCAGCCUCGGCAGCCGCGCGCGCACGAGGGCAAUAAACCGAAUCACUCCGGGCUCAAAGUGGCAGGGGACCGUCGCGGUGCUCUCUGUUCCGGCGGGACUCGUGCCAUGUGCUGAGCCAUGCCCCUGGCCGCGCCCGCGGGCCGCCUAUGGGGCAGCGCCUGAGCGGCGGCCGGUCCUGCCUCGAUGUCCCGGGCCGGUUCCUGCCGCAGCCGCCGCCGCCCCCGCCGCCGGUGAGGAGGAAGCUCGCGCUGCUCUUCGCCAUGCUUUGCAUCUGGCUGUACAUGUUCUUGUACUCGUGCGCCGGUUCUUGUACCGCCGCUCCCGGCCAGCUGCUCCUGGGCUCGGGGUCCCGCGCCACUCACGCUCAGCCAGCCCUGGUCACAGCUCCGAAUGAGACAUCUCCUAAGAUGCCCUUCCGGGCACCUUCGGCCAAUUUACUGGCUGCAGGCAAGGAUAAGACAGUAGGCGCCGGGAGCCAGGAGGAACAGAGUCCAGAGGCGCCGGACUCCCCCAGUCCCAUCUCCAGCUUCUUCAGCGGCGCUGGGAGCAAGCAGCUGCCGCAGGCCAUCAUCAUCGGCGUGAAGAAGGGCGGCACGCGGGCGUUGCUGGAGUUUCUGCGCGUGCACCCCGACGUGCGCGCCGUGGGCGCCGAGCCCCACUUUUUCGACCGCAGCUACCACAAGGGUCUUGCCUGGUACCGGGACCUGAUGCCCAGAACCCUUGAGGGACAGAUCACCAUGGAGAAGACGCCCAGCUACUUUGUGACCCGGGAGGCACCCGCGCGCAUCUCCGCCAUGUCCAAGGACACCAAGCUCAUCGUGGUAGUGCGCGACCCGGUGACCAGGGCCAUCUCGGACUACACGCAGACGCUGUCCAAGCGGCCGGACAUCCCCAGCUUCGAGAGCCUGACGUUCCGCAACCGCAGCGCGGGCCUCAUAGACACGUCCUGGAGCGCCAUCCAGAUCGGUCUGUAUGCCAAGCACCUGGAGCCCUGGCUGCGCCACUUCCCACUCGGCCAGAUGCUCUUCGUGAGCGGGGAGCGGCUGGUCAGUGACCCGGCCGGCGAGCUGCGCCGCGUGCAGGACUUCCUGGGCCUCAAGCGCAUCAUCACCGACAAGCACUUCUACUUCAACCAGACCAAGGGCUUCCCGUGCCUCAAGAAGGCGGAGGGCAGCGGCAAGCCUCACUGCCUGGGCAAGACUAAGGGCCGCGCGCACCCCACCAUCGCGCGCGAGGUGCUGCGGCAGCUGCGUGACUUUUACCGUCCUUUCAAUCGCAAGUUCUACCAGAUGACCGGCCGCGACUUCGGCUGGGACUGAGUCUCCCCUCGCAGCUUAUCUAUUGAGAGAGAAGAGUAUAUGUAUGUAAAAUGUACAGAAAUCUAUUUUAUAAUAAUUUAUUUUUAAUUCACGAGCAAUUAAUUCACUAAGCUGCCUAGCCACAAUCUGCAGAGAGUUCGAAUCACGGUCUGUUAACAUUCCAAAGUGUUUAACUCCGAUAUUUUGUUCUGUCCCUCACAAUCAAUGGUGCUUCCAUGUUCUCCUCCCCCCCUCCCCACUGUAUUUAAGAA